AGUUACAACCCAAAGAAGAUGAUGAAGCUUCAAAUUCUAUGGCUCGCUUUGGUUUUAAUCGUCGUUGAAGCUAAUGCAGUCAAGCAAGGGAUAAACGCAACGAUCCCGGCGCUAAUAGUUUUUGGAGAUUCAAUAAUGGAUACAGGAAAUAACAAUAAUCUUCCCACUCUUCUUAAAUGUAACUUCCCUCCAUAUGGUAAAGAUUAUCCUGGAGGCUUUGCCACUGGAAGAUUUUCUGAUGGAAGAGUUCCUUCUGAUCUUAUUGCCGAAAAGUUGGGAUUGUCUAAGACAUUACCAGCAUAUAUGAAUCCAUAUUUGAAGCCUGAGGAUCUUCUUAAAGGUGUAACAUUUGCAUCUGGAGGAACUGGUUAUGAUCCUUUGACAGCUAAAAUUAUGUCAGUGAUAUCGGUGUGGGAUCAACUCAUAUAUUUCAAAGAAUAUAUAUCAAAGAUCAAGAGGCAUUUCGGAGAAGAAAAAGCCAAAGAAAUCUUGGAACAUAGUUUCUUUCUUGUGGUGUCUAGUAGCAAUGACCUUGCUCACACUUAUUUAGCUCAAGCUCAUAGAUAUGAUCGUAUCUCUUACGCCAAUUUCUUGGCUGAUUCUGCUGUCCAUUUCGUGAAAGAAUUACAUAAGCUUGGAGCUCGGAAAAUUGGAGUGUUUAGUGCAGUCCCCGUUGGUUGUGUUCCUCUUCAAAGAACAGUUUUUGGAGGGUUUUUUACAAGAGGAUGUAAUCAACCUCUAAACAACAUGGCAAAACAAUUCAACGCAAGACUUUCUCCGGCACUAGAUUCUUUAGAUAAAGAGUUGGAUGGUGUCAUCCUUUACAUUAAUGUUUAUGAUACUCUUUUCGACAUGAUCCAACACCCUAAAAAAUACGGUAAGUCCAUCUAA